GAAAAUGCUUUUGUAGGUUUUUAAAAAGCUGACUUCCUUUGGUAUGGAUGAAUCACAUGAAGAUAAACUUCUUGCCAUGAAAGAUUACAUAAUGAAAUUACACAGAUCUAGAGCAGGGUCUGUGGAGACUCAACAAGAGUCUGGGUAUUCCCAUGGUAGAUUCUGUAUUGUGGGCCCAGGUAAAGCAAUAACCAGGAGACAUGCUGAAUUACUGAAACAGAAAGAUCCAAAACAACCGGGAGUGGAUCUAAGUACUUCCAGUCGUUCUUCUAAAAAGACAAAUCCAAAGGACCAAUCUGUAAACAUGAACUCUGAGUGGAAAAGUAUGUUUGGUUCCAAUGAGUCAGAUUCAUCCUCAAAUAGUUUGUCUCCAAAAGCCCGGACCCUCCAGAGAACUGCCGAGAGUCUGGAGAGGAAACUAAACACUUCACAGACCCUAAGUCAGACAUCCUCAUCAUCUGGAAGCUUUGUUACAAUGUCACAGAGUCAGGUGUCUUCCGAGGGGUCAGUUAGGUCCCUGACAGAGAAAAGCACCGACAAAAAUCCCACCACAAAAUAUCAUCCCUGUAAGAUAGCCUUGAGAAACAUUGUCCAUAAGAAGCGUGAGUUGUACUCGGCCGAGUCUAAAGACUUACUUGAGAUAGCCUGGGAGAGGAGACCCCCACCCAGUAACUGGAAACCCAAGGGGCUACUGGUGGCCCACCUCCAGGAACACAGGGCUGCAGUCAACAGGAUUCAAGUUUCUCAAGACCAUGCAUUCUUUGCCACGGCCUCUAAUGAUGGAACAGUCAAAUUAUGGGAGUCUGAAAAAUUGGAGGGAAACAGUGUUGCUAACCGCUCUAAACAGACCCUAAAGAAUACUUCUGUACCUGGAGAGAAAGUGAAAGGUUUAGUUUUCUGUGAAGCUCCUGGAUCCGCUCUUUCACUGGCCACAUUCACUGACAUGGGGGCAAUCAACAUUUACAAGAUAGAGACAGGGAAGGCCACCUGGAACAAGGCUAUUAAUGUUGACAAGUCAGACUAUGGAAACAUUGUAGAUCUCACAUACUUUGAUACAGGUGCCCAGUCUGUUUUAUCAUAUGCCACAGUCAAUGGGUUCCUAGUGGGACAUGAUCUCCACUCUAACAAGGAAGUCUGGAAACUCAGAAACGACCCAAAGUCAGGUUUGAUCACCUCCUUUGCUGUACACCACUCCCAGUGUUGGCUGGCUGUGGGGACCAGUAGUGGGACACAUGUCUGUUGGGACAUGAGGUUUCAGCUUCCUAUCAACUCCAUUGUUCAUCCUACAGGUGCCCGAGUAAGGAGGUUGAUCAUGCACCCCCAGGAGCAGUCCUGGCUGAUCUCAGCCACCCAAGGAAAUAAUGAAGUGUCCAUAUGGGAUGUAGAGACGGGGGCCAGACAAAAAGCCCUGUGGGCAAGUCCUACACCCACCCUUAGUCUUAAUCAGGCUAGUCACCAUUCUGUGUAUGGGUUACACAUCGCUGUGACAGACACCAAUGUGUUUAUGCUGACGGGAGGGUCAGACAUGAGGGCCCGGUUCUGGGACAUUUCCUACCCCGCCAACUCCUUCAUCCUGGCUGGGGCCGCCAGUGAUCCUGUACAACAGACAGGAGUCAACUACAGAGCAAAACUUGUAGACGGGGUGGAGGUGAUUCAGGAAUUCUACACAAAGAAACAAGUAACCAGUGAAGAUAACCCACGGCGGGGCCCCGAGGCCCCACCACAGGGGCACCGUGAUAUUAUUAGUGACAUUAACCUGUGUCAGACCUCUCAGUGUCUGGUUAUCACUGGGUCAAGGGAUGGAGUUGUCAAAGUGUGGAAGUGAUUGUAUAGUAAACAAUUUUAUGCUUGUCAUGCCGAAAUAGGCUCGUCAAGCUGGAAUACCUUGUCUGUGAUUCUCUAAACAGUAUGUGAGUUUGAAAAGAUGACUGUGGACCUGUUAAUCAAAACUUUAAAGACAAUGUUUAUAAAAAAUUGUCUUUUACUUGAUAUAAUCUUAAUUUAUCAUGGAAGAAAAACUACACAUGUAGUUGGCCACAUUGGCAAAAUUGUGCAAUACUUGAUAUACAGUCAUAAAGAAAAGAAAUACAUGUAAUAAAAUUUU